AUGGGUUUGCCACCCACUACCCGAGAAGAAUGUUGCAUGCGGGAGCACUCUGAUUCUUCGCGUUGCUUCCCGGGCGUGCACAGCCAGCACGAGUGUUGCGGGCAAGGUUAUGCGAUGCUUUUUGCGGACAGUCCGCGGGAGCCUUUGAAAGCCCAAGGUGAUCAUCCAGCAUUUUCUGCACAGCAAGUAUCGUGGGAGUCUUGGAUACAUGCAAGCUCUCAAGUCUUGGAGUUCAAGUUGGGUGCAAUGUCCCUUGUAUUCAGAGAUUUCAAGAUCUCGCGGUUUGGCAUGGAGAGCCAGCUGAAAGAACUGCAGAAGGACGCAUAUGGAUUCAGUACACUUCUACUGCACAGUGGUGACGUGGUUUUGGAUGUUGGCGCCAAUGUGGGUGUGGUUUCCAUUUGGCUUGCCAAGUUAUACCCUGGCAUUCGCAUCAUUGCCAUCGAGCUCGAUCCAACGAAUUUCCGUUUUAUGCUGUGGAACUUGCACCACAACAAUGUGACUGACCAAGUGUGGCCUGUGAAUGUGGGAGCCUGCGAAUCUGGCAAUGCAACCUACGAGCUGUUUCCACCCGUACAGGGAGGAGUUGUCAGGAGGGUGGUGCGAUCAAACGUGCCCUGCAUGUCGUUACAGAGUAUUUUCCAAGAGUUCGGUAUUCGCGAUUUGGCGCUGAUGAAGCUUGACUGCGAAGGUUGCGAGUUUUCCUUCAUAACAUCGCAGACAGCCGAGGGACCACUUCGACUCACCCGCACGAUUGUAGGAGAGUUUCAUGAUCCAACGCUUGUGCGAUUUGAUGCGCUGUCCAUGGAGCGCGCCCAGCGAGCCUACCAGAUCAUGUGUGCACCUGGCAACACCGUGCUUGGAUGUCAAAAGCCUGCUUGGCCUUACCAAUGA